AUGCUCCGCUCGCAGCGCCUUCUUGUCGGCCGCCGCACGCGCGACGCCAGCACCAUCAAGAAGCUCAUGGCCGCCAACCGCGGCGAGAUCGCCACGCGCAUCAUGCGAGCCGGCAACGAGCUGGGCCUGCGCACCGUGGGCAUCUUCUCCAAGGAGGACCGCUUCACGCAGCACCGCUACAAGGCGGACGAGAGCUUCCUCGUGGGCGCCGGCAAGUCCCCCGUCGGCGCCUACCUGGACAUCGACAGCAUCAUCCAGAUCGCCAAGGAGAACAACAUCGACGCCAUCCACCCGGGCUACGGCUUCCUGAGCGAGAACGUGGGCUUCGCCGAGCAGUGCGCCAAGAACGGCAUCAAGUUCGUGGGCCCCACGCCCGAGAACCUGCACCGCUUCGGUGACAAGACGGCCGCGCGCGAGAUCGCCAUCGAGCAGAAGGUGCCCGUCGUGCCCGGCACGGACGGGCCCGUCCACACGCUCGAGCAGGCGCGCGCCUUCAUCGACUCGGGCGUCGGGUACCCCGUCAUCAUCAAGGCCAGCAUGGGAGGCGGCGGCCGCGGCAUGCGCGUCGUCACGUGCGCUGAGGAGCUCGAGGAGAACUUCGAGCGUGCCAGCUCUGAGGCCCUGGCUGCCUUCGGUGAUGGCACUGUGUUCAUUGAGCGCUACGUGGACCGCCCGCGCCACAUCGAGGUGCAGAUCCUCGGUGACGGCAAGGGCAACGUCGUGCACCUGUUCCACCGCGACUGCAGUGUGCAGCGUCGCCACCAGAAGGUGCUGGAGACCGCCCCCGCCGUGGGACUGGACCCCAAGACCGAGAAGGCCAUGAUCGACGACGCGGUGCGUCUCACCAGUGCGGCCAAGUACCUCAACGCGGGUACCGUGGAGUUCCUUGUGGACCAGCAGGGCCGCCACUACUUCAUUGAAGUGAACCCGCGUAUCCAGGUCGAGCACACGAUCACGGAGGAGAUCACCGGCAUCGACCUGGUGCAGAGCCAGAUCCGUAUCGCCGGUGGCGAGACCUUCGAGGACCUUGGUCUCAGCCAGGACAAGAUCAAGCCGCGUGGCCAUGCGAUGCAGUGCCGCGUGACCACGGAGAAUCCGAGCACGGGCUUCCAGCCCGACUCAGGUGUCAUUGAGGUGUUCCGUAGCCCCGGUGGCAUGGGCAUCCGUCUCGAUGACGGCCCUGGAUUCGUCGGCGCUCACAUCACUCCUCACUACGACUCCCUGCUGGUCAAGGUGACCGCCCGUGCUCUGGACCGCGGUGACUGUGCGCACAAGUUGAAGCGCGCGCUGUCCGAGUUCCGUGUGCGUGGUGUGACCACCAACAAGAGCUUCCUGACCAACGUGCUGAACCACCCGGACUUCAUCAAGGGUGUUGUGGACACGAGCUUCAUCGCCAAGAACCCGGACCUGCUGCUGCCGUCCAAGUCGACCAACCGUGGCCAGAAGAUGCUCAAGUACAUCGGUAACACGAUCGUGAACGGCCCCGAGAAGGCGCUGGGUGCCACUGGCCCCGCUCCGUCCAAGGUUGACCCCCUCGUUCCUACCCUGGAGGCUCCUCCUGCUUCCACCGAGAAGUCUCUGCGCCAGAUCUACGUCGAGCAGGGUCCGGAGGCGUUUGCCAAGGCGGUGCGUGCCAAGAAGGGUCUACUCCUGACCGACACCACUUGGCGCGAUGCGCACCAGUCGCUGCUUGCUACCCGUAUGCGCACGCGUGACAUGCUCGCUAUUGCUCCUGCUACUUCCAUCGCCAUGCGUGACGCUUUCUCGCUCGAGAUGUGGGGCGGUGCCACUUUCGAUGUAUCCAUGCGCUUCCUGCGCGAGGACCCUUGGGACCGUCUCGCUCUUCUUCGUGAGGCUGUGCCCGACAUUCCGUUCCAGAUGCUGCUCCGUGGUGCCAACGCCGUCGGCUACACGAGCUACCCGGACAACGUUGUGUACAAGUUCUGUGAGAAGGCCCAGGCUACGGGCAUGGAUGUUUUCCGUGUGUUCGACUCGCUGAACUACCUGGAGAACAUGAAGCUGGGUAUCGACGCCGUUGGUGCUGCUGGCGGUAUCAUUGAGGCUGCGAUGUGCUACACUGGCGAUGUUUCGGACCCCACGCGUGGCCCGUACAACCUCGAGUACUACCUGGACUUCGUGCGUCAGCUGGUGGCGCAGGGCAUCCACGUUCUUGCCAUCAAGGAUAUGGCUGGCCUGCUCAAGCCCCAGGCUGCGCAGAUCCUUAUCUCCGCCAUUCGCAACGAGUUCCCGGACCUGCCGAUCCACGUGCACACCCACGACACGGCUGGUACGGGCGUGAGCUCGUUGCUUGAGGCCGCGUACGCUGGUGCGGAUGCUGUCGAUGUUGCUUCGGACGCUAUGUCGGGUACGACGUCGCAGCCCUCGAUGGGUGCGGUUGUCGCGGCGCUGAAGGGCUCCAAGUACGACACCCGUGUCAAGUCCGAGGACAUCAUGGAGAUCAACGACUACUGGGAGACGAUGCGUGGCGUGUACGCGCCGUUCGAGUCUGGCCAGAAGUCUGGUUCGGCCGAUGUCUACAACCACGAGAUGCCCGGCGGCCAGUACACGAACCUGCUCUUCCAGUCGAAGCAGCUCGGUCUUGCGGGCCAGUGGCCCGCGAUCAAGCGCGCUUACGCUACCGCUAACCGUCUUCUGGGAGACAUCAUCAAGGUGACGCCUUCCUCCAAGGUGGUGGGUGACUUCGCCCAGUUCAUCGUGCAGAACAAGUUGACGGAGCAGGAGGUGAUCGACCAGGCUGAGACGCUAUCGUUCCCCAAGUCGGUCGUGGAGUACUUCCAGGGCUACCUGGGUAUCCCGCACCAUGGCUUCCCGGAGCCGCUGCGCUCGCGUGUGCUGAAGGGCAAGGUGCUGCCGAACGGCCACGAGAUGUUCGAGGGCCGUCCUGGUGCGGAGAUGGAGCCGUACGACUUCGAGGCUGCUGAGAAGGAGCUGAAGGAGAAGUACGGCGCGGACAAGAUCCGCGACGUGGAUGUGAUUUCGCACGCUAUCUACCCGGACGUCUUCGCGGGCUUCAUGAAGUUCAAGGACGAGUACGGCUCGAUGCACUUCCUGGACACGCGCACGUUCCUGACGGGCUUGGAGGUGGACACGGAGGUCGAGCUCGAGAUGGAGCAUGGCAAGACAGUGUUCAUCAAGCUGAUUGCUGUUGGUGGCGUGAGCAAGAAGGAUGGCCUGCGCGAUAUCAUCUUCGAGCUCAACGGUCGCCAGCGUGUCAUCAAGGUCAAGGAUGAGGCUGCUGGUGUGUCGACGGUGGCCAAGCCGAAGGCUACGGGCAUGGCUGGCUCUGUCGGCGCCCCGAUGCCGGGUGUCGUGCUCGAUGUUCGUGUGAAGAAGGGCGAGAACGUCAAGGCUGGCGAUGCCCUGCUUGUGCUGAGUGCUAUGAAGAUGGAGACCGUUGUGGCUGCCCCCGUGAGCGGCCGUGUGGUGUCGAUCCACGCCGACGUUGGCGACAAUAUGCUUGGUGGCGACCUCCUCGUGGAGAUCGACGAGACCGGCGACGACGAGGAGUAA